CUUGUUUCUAACGUCCCCAUUCCUCUUGGCCCCUUCCUAGGUUUUUUGUCGUACCCUCCCUCUGUCUUUCUUUUUUGUUGUUUUAUUCCCGCUUUUUUCGUUUUCCUUUAUUGCCUUAUUUAGUUCACACCCCUCUUUGCUCUUUAUACACCCCUACUUGUCACCAAGGCCCCUUCGCAUUUACACGCCACUCACACACGUUUUCUUUCUUAUCCCUCCCUUUCCCACUAUUUUCUUUAUUACUUAACCCCUCCUUUGCCUUUCCCUAUCGCACGUCCGGCGCUCUCGUGGCGGCUUCCAUGGCGGCUUCUCUGGCGCUCGGUUUCCUCUCUAGAUGUGAUGCAAGACGUGCUGCAGGACCUCUUCAACCACGAGGCACCCGCAGCGGCGGCCCCCUCCUCCCCCUCCUCCCCCUCCUCCGCGCCGCACCAGGACGGUGUGUCCGCCGCUGUCUGCUACGAGUUCAGCCGUACGGCGCCCCUCCAGGGGCUGCUGACGCGGCUGGCGCUGCAUGCGCUGCUGUUCGGGAACGCCAGGGCGGUGGCGUGGCUGUGGCAGAGGUUCGUCCGCGAGCUGCGGUUCGGGUGCUGGGAUGCGGAGCGGCCGCUGCCCCGCAUGACCCCACCCGGCAGCAGCAGCGGCAGCGGCA